GAGUUUACUCAGGGAUGUUUUGUGCAUGCAGAGUAUGAAACUGCAACACGGCAUGGAGAGGGAACUCUGUCUGUCUGUCUGUGUGAUUCAAUUAUGGAUGGAGUCAGCCACACGUAAGCUGCAGGGUGAUACCAGAGCUGCGUCACUUCUGCAGCUAAAGGGGGAGGGGGGCGGGUUGGUGGUGUUGCUACACGAUGCAGCAAGCAGAGAGACUAGAAAGAGAAGCAGUGAGAGACCUGCACACAGAGGGGACAGAGGGAUAAUAAUCAUGUCUGCCAUCAGGAAGCAGCUUUCUUUUCAGAUCCUCCUGCUUUUCAUCUCCUGCAGAAACAUCAAUACAAGUAAAUGUCUAUAUUUGGGUUUCAUUCUGACUGUAUAUGGCUCUGUUAAAACCUGUCUGCCUUCUCACUGGAAAAAAAAAAUAGAGUUAAAUGUCAUUAGAUUUCCGCAACAUCAUUCAUCUUACAUACUUUUUCACUUUUAGUCACCAGCUUUAAAUGUGAAUCUUUUUUAUUCUAAUUUCUAACAUUUUCAUUCUCAUAGGAUAGGAAUUAAACCGGAGUUAUUUCUAAACAGAAUUAAAAAAUAGAUACUUGUAUGAAUAAAUGUCUAAAAGGUGAGCUUAAACUGCUCUUAACUUGGCUGAGAUCAUGUCUGCCACAUAAUUCAUUAUUAAGACAAAGUCAUAAGUCAGUUUGUUCAGGCUGAUGUAAUUGUACCCUGCUACCUCUGAUGUAAGAUCCCGUGAAGAUUUUCCUUUUCUUAUGGUGUAAAAGACAGCUUUAUUAUUAAUAGGUUGCUGUCUUCAGACUUCAGGAUAAAAAUAGCUGUACUUUUUUCUGCUGCUUAGAAAACAAUGAGCCUACAACGAGUUCAAGUUAAAAAUGUUCUGUUCAUUCAAGGCUUGAGAUAGUGUGUGAUUAUUCAUUUAUUUGACAUUUGUUUCACCUGGCUUUAUGAUAUCUUCUUCACUGUGACUUUAAGUUACUCUAAACAAGAAUGUAUAUAAAAAUUCUGGAAAAUUUCCUCAAAAACAACAACUAUCUAACCACCCUGGACGACUAACUAAGAACCACAAAUUUCCCGUUACAGCCAGGGGUGGAGCCAGACUUUUUUGACUGUAGUGGCCAAACUAGGACACUGAUUCACACAGUUGUGGCAUUCAGUUGUGCACAUACACACAAAUAUAGAGCCUUUAUCUACACUUUUUAUCACCACUUAUCCCGUACCGACAUAAAAAGCAAUGUUUCUGCUGCUACAACGGAUGCUGGACAGCUCCACCCCUUAAACGAGAAACUGCUAGGUGGGACAUGGCGCGAGUUAGGCUACAGUGUACUGCAGAUGGAGCAGAGUCUGCCACCUUAUUUUACUUAUUUUAACGCUCCACUGAGAAAUUUUUCAGCACUUUACUUCGCCAACAGGACGCUCUUGUUUUUAAGAUACUUACAGAUACAACACAUCAAAUGCACAAUCAGCAAAUCAGGUCUCUGAUUCUGAUUUUUGCAUCUCAGCUUUGCGUAAUGUUAAACACCAAAUGCCUGAAAUCACCCAGGAGACAGGAUAAUGUGUGUAGAGCUUGCUGUUUCAGCUCAGUCUUCCCCCCUUACCAUAUUCUCUAAUGCCUGGGUCAGAUUCUCCCAAAAUUAGCCAAACUGCAUGGAGGCCUCAGCCCCUUCUACAGAAAAUUGCAACCUACACUAUUUCCCUUAGAAGUUUCUUAAAAGUGGCCGAGAUGACCAGUGUGUCCAUGGUAGCUGGUGGAUUUAAUAGAGACAUUUAACUCAUACAACCUCACAUCAAAAUUGCUGAAAUUUCCUAAACAAUUCACUUUAAAACACGUCCCACCCCUGACAAGGUAAAUAUCCAAUCAUAGCAUAGAAUUAUGGAUUUGCUCAUUGCUCAUUUGCCCAUUUGCUCACAGGGGGCCAUCAUACCCCUUACUGCCCUUCUGUAUACGCCCCUGUUGCUUACAACUGACUUUCUGUCGAUUAAACAUACGACCAAAAACUCAGUCGACAGUUAAAGUUUUAUGAUUUCUUUUGUUCUGCUUUAUUUGUUUUGUUUGUUUUUGUCAGAGACACUUGGCGCAACAGCCCCACCACUGGAUCCCACCGCCCCCCUUCAAAAGCUGGAAAGGAGCUAUGUCCUGAAAGGUAAAUGUGGUUCAAAUGUUAGAGUUUAUGUUAUUAUCACUCUUUCACCAGCUCGUAUUUCUAUCUGCUAUUUACUUGAUACUCCAAAGUGCUCUGCUUACGGUGGAUUAACCUGCUGUUGUAUCUCUGAACAAACGUAGUAUUGUUUUUUAUUUACAUCUUUAAUGUAAGGGGGAAGGUAUCAGGCAAGCGGCCAAAGACAGCCCUGAUUUUACAACUUCAGUGAUACAUUUGACUGUCAAAAGUGAGCAGACACUACUUGAAAAGUAGAGGACAAGAUAAGCAAAGACUGCUUUGUCCACAGGGGGCGCCAAAACUCACAGAAACAGAAAGUUUCUCACAGGAACAUUGACAAUAGUACAAGCUUACCUUAUUUCAGCUCAAAAUCCUCUCAGCAUGUCAUUAUCAGAGAAAAUCAAAGAGUCUGAGUGAAGAUAGCAUGAAAUAAUAAUACAUUUGUUUCCCAGCCUCAAGAUUAUACCAUAUCAGAUUGUUUGUAUUUAAAUCUUUAUUUUUGCUUUUCAUAAUGAGUUUCUCUGACAACCCUUAAGAAUUAAGCUAAAGACUCUCAACGUGAGUAUUUUGGGGAUAUCUAUGAAUGAAUUUUCUCUCAGUACUACUAAAGUAAUGUCCAGUCACAUGUUGGGAACAGCUUUAAAAUCCCAGUAAUAUUGAAAGGAGGUAAAGUUAGAGAGAGAUCAAUUUAUGAUCAUUUUUAGGAAUUGUUUUUGAUGAUGGUGUCUGUCUUUGAAAUCCCUUUACCACACAGGUGACAGUCACACUGAGAAAGUUGAACUGUUGAAUCCGGUCAGCCUGGUGCUGAUGUGUACCUGGACAGGUAGUCAGAACAAACCAACAAACAUAACGGGCUUCUGGAGCAAAGACGGGAAAGAAAUCGAGAACAGCCGCGUCACAGUGCAGCUGGAGAACAAACAGUAUAAUCUCAAAAGAACGUAUGUAUCUCCAACUUUAGAUUUAGAUUGAACCAUUUUUAUCUGGUAAACCUGAAGACCCUGAGUCUUAUCUCGUCAUUAAAAUUCAUGCAUUUGUUCAUCUCUAUUGAAGAAUACUAAAUGAUGUGCAUUGAUCGGUUUAUCUGUGCAGCAAACAAACUCAGUUCUAUCUCUACUUUGCAGGUUCAGCAUUGCCAGUGAGGCUGACCUUGGAAGCUACUCAUGUGAUUUUGGGGGUGAAGCAAAGAUAAACUUUGUUUUGGCAGGUACUGAUAAAAUCCAUCUGAGUUAUAAAUAUCUCAAAUUUCACACUGUUAUCAGCUCUCUGAAUCCCUUCUGCUUAUUUGGUGUAUUUUUAUUAUUUUUAUGCUCUUUCUUCACCCUUCAGUUCCACAGAUGGGUGACGAGCGGGACAAGCCAAUUGUCAGCUACCUGGGGGACUCAGUAGUGGUCCCUUGUAAACUGGAUGACAGCAAACCAACACCGAACACCUGGAACUGGUACAGGGCAAAUGAGACAGGCAAGGUGGGUGUGCAAAUCUGAAUUUUCACUGGUUUUAACUCAUGAGCAUCAAACAUCAAGCACUCAAACCUGUUGGACUGAUGUUUUUCCUAGGAGCAAAUUAUUGCAGGUCAAAAAUUUUCAAUCAAAAACGACGAGAAGAAGACCAAAUUGGUGAUUCAUGACCUGACAGCAGACGACUCUGGCUUGUAUUACUGUGGAGCAGUCUACGGUGUCGGCAUCACGAUGGGUCGCGUUGAAUUAAAGGUCAGUGACAAACUUGUUCUGGGAGUUCGGAGAAGAAAACCAAAAUUAAGAAAAAUAUUCUGACCUUAUUUUUAUCGUCUUUAGUGGCCCUUAAGAAACCACACUAAUGAAACAGUAUAAGCUUGAUGUCAAGUGGUUCAGUUGUGGACAGUGGACACAUUAACUUGCCCUGAUGGCAUGCUGGAAAUUUAGAAAAGUGUAAAAGGCCAGUGAGAUUUCAGACCAAAGACUGUUUUAAUUAAAAAUACAACUACAAUUAAAAUAAUUAUAGACAAAAAACAAACAAACAAAAAAAUUCUUAUUGUCGGUUCGCAUUUUAUAAAUCUGAAUGUUUCUGCUAAAGGUCAUCAGUUUCUUCGAGCCUCUGAAGCCCUUCAUAGCCAUCCUGGUUGAGGUGAUCAUCCUGGUUGCUGCCAUUCUGCUGUAUGAGAAGAGUCGGUCCAAGAAAGAUUACACAGCUGCAGGUAUUCACAGAGAAGACACACACUGAUAUUUAAGCCAUAGUGUGACCUAUGGUUUCUGUGGUGACAUGUUUAUCUUGAAAUUUCUCCCUUGUUUUCAGGAAAUGGUGCAACUGAUCAAACAAACACACUGUGAGUGCAACAGAAGUGAUGGUAAUUGAGGUCUACAUCCGUUCAUGUGACCUUGAUAAUGACAGGAGUUCUUGUCUUUUUAUUAGGUCAUCUGGGGAAAAUAACGGACCAGAGGAGAGCUCUUCGAUGAGACAGCGGAAAGUUUAAAGGAAGCAGCUAAACCUUAUAUCUAACCAGUCCACGACCUUUUAAAACUGUGGACUCAAAGUGAGCUAUGUAGAGCUUUAAAGCAAUACUUUAUUUCAUGUUUUCACCAUAGAGCAAUAACCACCACUUUAACAUCAGUCCCAUAUAUUUAAUCACAAGCCGCUCCUAUCUGUGGAUUGUUAUUUUUCGCUUUAUUACACAGGAGGAUGUGGUUUUACUUUUGAAAAUACAGGUGUUAACAUACAUAAAAGAGCAAUCAUUUAACCGUUUUCUUCUACUUCCUGUUUUUAAAAAAAAAACCAUUGCAAUGCUUUGAACCCACCCAGUAAAAAGAGAAGUAUUUUCUUUCUUUUUCUCGCAACAACAACCUCAACUUAUUGUGCUGAUUUCUAUCAUGAUCUGUUAGCAGUGCCUUACACUCCCUCGAAGCCCUUAACUUACCAAUCAUAGUGAACUUCUAGCAGUUUGACGUCACCGUACAUUUCCUUUUGCAGCAACGUGUGGCUAACAUACUGUGUACCUUCAGAGCCAUAUUAGCCUAGAUGUGGAUUCUUCUCUGUGCGUUUUUCACCUCAGAGUAUCAAAGUGUGAUCAGGAAGGUUAUCUUACCUCUCUAUUAGGACUUCCACUGUGAGUUUUUGGUCGUAAACUUGCACUAAGCUAAAAUAUUCGCCACUGUGUGUGUAAACAAGUACAUUAAAUAUAAAUGACUCACUUCAA